AGUGAUUGGCUGGCCGCAUGUGUUUGGGCGCUUGCAGGGCCAAUUGCCGCCGGACGCAGCGAAUCUCGCGACCAUGCGCCGUCUCUACGCGCCCGGCCCAGACCAUCACCGGCAUGCCCAGAAUCCGCUUUUAGUGCCGUGCUACCCAUUUGACGUGCCACUGAGUGGUAAAUCAUGCCGAGAAGGAGGUCCCUAUUCACCUCUCCCUGGCCUCCAGACUUCAUUCAAGAUUCAUUCAUCCUUCUGCAUUUUCUUGAAUUCUUCUCUCAAAACGUAUCCAUUAAAUAGUAUCGUUGUUGUAUUGUUGAAGUCGGACUGUCUCGGACAUAAUCUCUCACGAACACCACCAUUGUCACAAGGGUCCGAAUUUCGUCAGGUAACUUGGGUUUGGCCUGGUUCAAGGUUGGGUGAAGGUCACUUCCUCGGUUCAGCAUGGUGUCAAACGCGCGGAUUCCGAACCCCGGAUGGCGGCUGCUAUGGCUAUUUCUAUGUAUAAUGAUACAACUCCAACUCGUCAGAGCUCAGACAGCUGUCUCGACGCUCUUCGUGCCCGACACGGACACCAUCGUCUCCUUCAACCUACCCCCUAACUCGGAUGAUAUCAACUUUUACGUUAUAACCCCGGACUGGUAUCAGUAUACCGCCAUCGGGUUCGGGACGUCCAUGUCGGAUGCUUUGAUGCUCGUCAUGUACCCCUCUGCAGACCACAAGGGCGUGACAGUCAGUCCACGGAGAGCGACGGGCAACACCGAGCCGGUCUACUCCCCGGCAACCCAACUAACCCUCCACGAAACCACCAUCAAUGACAACUUCGACAUGAUCGUCAACGCCACCUGCCGCGGCUGCCAGCUCUUCACCAAGGUUGGCACGGCGGCACCCAUGUUGUUUGCCGUCGGCCCAGGCCUCGACCUCAGCUCAGACGACCCGGACGCGCGGAUACGACGGCAUAGCGCCUACGGCCGCUUCACCCUCAACCUCACCCGCGCCACCGGCCCAGGCGGCAUCGGCAACCCCACCACCACGACCACCACCACCACCCCAGACGCGAUCCUCUCCAGCGAUGACGGCAGCCUGCUCAAGGGCGGCGACGCCAAGGCCGCGACCGCCCACGGCAUCCUGUACGCCAUCGUGGCGCUGGCCGUCGCGCCCUUUGACUCGCUCGUUGCCGGGGCGCUCGGCGCGCGCUGGGCGUGGGUGCACGGGGUCACCGCGACGGUGUAUUUUGCGUUUGUGCUCGGGGCAAUGGUGCCCGGGGUGCUGGUUAGUGGGGAGCAUGUGGCGACUCAGCAGUUCCGCACCGGUCACCAGGUCCUUGGCCUGCUCACCGUUGUUGCGCUGACGGUCAUGUUUGGUUGGGGUAUCGCCCUGUCCUGGAUCAAGCGCUCUGCUAAGAAGCGUGGGCAAGAACCCCCCGAGAGCACCCGGUUGUUGGGCGUCGUCCAUCGGUGGGUGUGCAGGGGCAUAUGGGUGCUCUUGCUGGUCAAUGUUGGGGUGGGCUUGAAAUUGUCCGAACAGAGGAUGGUGUUGAUCUUGGGUUACGUGGCGCUGGCCGUGGGUGUCAUCGCCUUCUUAGUGCCCGUCUAUUUCUGUUUGUGGAGGAUCUCGAAGAAAAGAAAGGAAAAGGAGGAGGGGCUUGAGAUGCCGACGAUUUAUGAUCAUCACGGUUUCAAUUGAGCUUGAGGUAGGCCAUGGCUACCAUGGGCUUUUGGCUGGAGGCGUUGGUAUGGUUUAACUUGAUAAUCCCCGGGCAGGUUCCUGGCGCGAUAUAAUUACAUUUUAUUAUUC